ACAUUUGGUGGACAUCUAUCAAACCUAACAAAAAGCUAUACUUGAAAAUACUCUACUAAAAUUUGCAACAAGUUGUGCUGGACAACAUACAAAGAUGGCACUUACAGGAAUAUUGGCUUAUCUCUGCUUGCUAGCAGUGUUUCCAUACUCUCAACAGGGUGACGUUGAAAUGAAGAACUGCAGCUCUCAGUUGCUGGAGGACCUAACUUCUGAUCUCGAGGUGGCAGUAGAGUGCAGCAUAAAGCAGAAUUGGACCCCACAGCAGAGGGCGACCUUGCUGGUCUACAUGAGGAAUCUGACUGAGGUGCUGCACACACAACAGCUGAGAGAAUGCCAAGGAGCUGAGCCCGUGAAAUGCCCGGAGCCCGAGGUUCCUGAAAACGGAGGCUUGGUGUGCGCCACCGUGGCUAACGCUCGCUACUGCAAACCCAUGUGCAACCAUGGUUACGACUUUGCCUUCCUGAGGAGAAGUCGAGUGUUUGACGAGUGUAGCGCGGCGACAGGUUACAAGUGGAACAGUCAGUACGUAGGUGGAAACAAGCUGGCUUUUUGUAACGAAGCGACUCAAGUGGUGGGGCCCGAGACGGCGUACUUUGCCAAAGACGAGGACUGCCUGACCACCAAGCGGAUCGAACAAACGAAGAGCGACAUCCUUCAAGACUUCACAGAGGAGCUCAAGCAUCACGACGGCGUAAACGGAGACAUCGAGUCACUGUGCCUGGUGUGUGGAUAAA